CUUCGGUGUCUACGAAGUCACGCGCAUCGCAAUGGUCGUGGCCAGUGGGUGGUAGUUCUGAGCUCCAACAUGCUUCUAAAUUUUCCGUGACCAUUUUUCGAUUUUUUUUUUUUUUUUUUGCUGAAAUUUUAGGCUGUUGCUGAUUUCUAUGGCUUCUCUGGUGGAGAUUGAGAGGUACAAGUUGGUACCGCUGUCAGUGACUGGUCUAUGCUCACGCCCCUGCCUUCCUUUAUCGAAGAAAACCCUAAUUCUCGAUCGACGGUUUUCAAAAAUAACACUUAAGCUCGUUUUGAAUGGAUCCAAAGCUGUGUUUCCGGCCCACUCAAACGGCAUUUCGGCGAUGCGGCACUUGAUUACGGCCGUUGCCAGAGCUGAGCAAGAUAGGCUUGGCCAGGACGAUGCUGACGAGGAAGUUGACAAAGGGCAUAAUUUAACAGCUAAAGAGGAAUCUGUUUCAGAGGCUCCACAAAAAGGGAGUCAAUUGAAGAAAAGAAUAAUUUUUGGGCUUGGAAUUGGAAUUUCCGUUGGAGGUGUUGUAUUGGCUGGUGGAUGGGUUUUCACUGUGGCUUUGGCAGCUGCUGUAUUUGCUGGUUCACGGGAGUACUUUGAACUGGUUAGAAGUCGGGGAAUUGCUGCAGGAAUGACGCCUCCCCCUCGUUAUGUGUCACGAGUUUGCUCUGUUAUAUGUGCUCUCAUGCCAGUAAUUACCUUGUACUUUGGUCAGAUUGACAUUCCAGUAACUUUUGCUGCUUUUGUUGUUGCAAUGGCAUUGCUUCUACAAAGAGGGAAUCCUCGCUUUUCUCAGCUCAGUAGUACUAUGUUUGGAUUAUUUUAUUGUGGCUAUCUUCCUUGUUUCUGGGUCAAGCUUCGAUGUGGCUUAGCGGUCCCAGCCUUGAACACCAGGCUAGGAGCAGCAUGGCCUGUUCUUUUUGGCGGCCAAGCUCAUUGGACUGUUGGUCUUGUGGCAACUCUGUUUUCUAUCAGCAGUAUCAUAGCAGCAGAUACAUAUGCUUUUGUGGGCGGCAAGGUAUUUGGGAGGACCCAAUUAACCAGUAUUAGUCCAAAGAAGACAUGGGAAGGGACUAUUGCAGGCUUGGGUGGCUGUAUAGCCACUUCAGUCAUACUAUCUAAGAUUUUUUGCUGGCCUACAUCAUUGCUAAGUGCAAUAGCUUUUGGGUUUCUGAAUUUCUUCGGGUCUAUAUUUGGUGAUCUUACUGAGUCAAUGAUCAAACGUGAUGCGGGUGUCAAGGACUCUGGCUCUCUCAUACCUGGACAUGGUGGAAUAUUAGAUCGGGCGGACAGCUACAUUUUCACGGGUGCACUUGCAUACUCCUUUGUCAAAACCUUCCUACCCCUUUAUGGAGUUUGACAUGAAAACUUGUGAUCAAUAGCAACAACAAAAAUACAAAAGAAAUUUCCUCAUUUGGGAAGCUAGAACCACAAACAAGGUUGAAGGUGAGGCAUCUAUGGUGAAGAUGGAAAUCUCAUAGAUUUUCAACCCUACCAGGUCUCCGCAAUCACCUUGAAACUUUUCAAGAGAGUGCCUUGGUUAGGUUAUACCCUUUCUGGAAUCACAUGGCAUUAAUUGUGCUUCGCUGGCUAAUCACACAAAGUGGCGCUUCUGCAAUUUACAUGGUUAAGAUGCCGAUGGCUGCAAUAGAGGUAGAUCCUCUGUUGGCUGUGAACAUUUCAUGUAUUUAAUACAACAGCUUAUAUCAGCUUACCGGUGUUGUUUUUUUUU